CUGUUCUUACAUCAUGUCUCACAAGGUGAAAGAUCCAGAGCGGUUGGUGGGGAGAUAGCCUUCCAGCUGGAUCGAAGGAUCUUGUCCUAUGUAUUCCAAGGCCAGACCAGACUCUAUGGGUUCACUGUGCUCAAUAUACGAGACAAGAUCAUUCAGGUCUCCACACACCCUCUGACGGGGAAGGUGGACGAGGGCUACAGGCUCCAGCUGUCCCAGCGUCACGCUGAGCUGAUGGCCAAGCUGAAGCAGCUAGGCUAUAGUAUGACUCUCCACCCCCCCUUCACAGAGUUCAUCAUCAACACCUACGGCAUCCUGAAGCAGAGGGCUGACUCCUACAGCGCCCAGGAGCAGGGAUACAACAGCUCGGACUUCCUCAGGAGAGUAGUUAUCAACGCAGCCCCCUGCAAACUGCUGAAGGAUCUCCUGCUGCUGUUCAGUUGCCUCUCUUUCAUGGCAAGGCAGGACGGCAAGCCCCUCUUCCUCUGGUAGACUCGCUGAGAAUAGCUCUGGUCCAGGGCGUUACGUGCAGCUUGCUGAUUCUGAGCCUUUUAUAAACGUUUAGGACCAGAGCUAGACUGGGACGGCCACUGACACCACCUCCCUCCACAGCAGAGGUUUUACACUAUAAACAAAUGACUCAAACCCAACUCUUAACGUGUCUAAGCUUGUAUUGCUUUGGAGACAAGCGCUCUCUAAUACAAACUUCACACACCCUCCGCAGACAGGAGAGCUCUGCAUCUCCUGCAUUGGACCAUUUCAUAGUUUAGCCUUUUUAAUUCAUAUUUUCCGUUCACUUGGUUUGUUGGUUGGUUGCACUCAGGCUGUCUUUGUGAGUUACCUGACAUUAUAUUUCCAUAUUGAAAUGACAGACAUGGAAAAAACCUGGACAGAAUAAAUACUUCCAGGGCUCUUUGGGCCAUUUAAAAUGCAUUUCAACAAAGAAAAAGCAGUGUGUUUAAGUAAUGUAGACACAACUAAUUUUCAUAUACACUGAACAAAGUUUAGACAACAUGUAAAAUAUUUGUCCCAUGGUUCAUGAGCUGAAAUAAAAAAUCCCAGACAUUUUUCAU